CCUGCGAACAAAAUCAAACAGUGUUAACUUUAAAUUCCCAGAAAUACUAUGUCCAAUCCAUCAAUUACAACAACUACACUAUCCGUGUGGCCGAUCCUGGCGUGCAAGAAAACAAUAUGUGUUCGUUUCCUCAAUAUGCUUUAGGCCGGUACAGUUUUGGUGGUGGGAGCAAUACAUAUGACAUCGACCUUUUUCAGAACAGAACUUUUCUUGAAAUUACAGUGCCAAUUGUUUUCUUCACCUGUCCUUUCCCAAUGAAGAAUUCUUCGGCUUUUGUAGAAAUAACAGCUAAUGACUGUUCUAAUAGAACCAAUGGUGGGAAUGCUCCAUUCUAUUCCUCUGGAGGCUUUGCUUAUGCUAAGAUAGGCCCCUUUAUAGCAUCAGAUUUAAGAGUUUCAUGCCGGGUUGAUCUCAUAACCCAGACUUCAUGGAAAAUUCAAGAAAAUGGGGCUCAGAAUGUUAGUCUUUUGGAUAUCCAUGAUGCUAUGAUGUAUGGAUUUGAGCUAUCCUGGUUCCAGGCAGUUCUUUGUGAGCCAUGCGGGAAAGAAAAGUGUGAAGUUGGAGCUCUAAAUGUGGUUACCUGCGUGCCCGAUAGCCCCUCGGGAAUGGCAUUCCAUCUUCUAAAGGGUGUGGGUAUACUUAUAGCUGCAGCUGCAGUUUUGGGAGGGAUCAGUAUUCUUCUAAGGAUUAUAAUUGGAAUUCCAUGUGCUAUAGUGUUCCUAAUUAUCAAACUGCAAAGAAGGCACCUGUCAGUGUUCGAUGCAAUUGAGAAUUUCCUAAACGCUGAGAAUAAUCUGUCGCCCAUUAGGUACUCCUACAGACACAUCAAGAAUAUGACCAAAGGCUUCAAGGAGAAGCUAGGAGAAGGGGGAUUUGGUUCUGUUUACAAAGGUAAACUUCGAAGUGGCCGCGAUGUUGCAGUGAAGGUAAUAAGCAAGCCCAAGUCUAACGGCCAAGAUUUCAUCAAUGAAGUUGGUUCCAUGGGAAGGAUUCAUCAUGUCAAUGUUGUUCAACUUGUCGGGUAUUGUGCGGAGAAUUAUAAGCGUGCUCUGGUGUAUGACUUCAUGCCUAAUGGAUCCCUUGACAAGUAUAUUAAUCGAGGAGUUAAUGCGAGUUUGUUGAAUUGGCAAAGGAAAUUUGAGAUUGCAGUGGGAGUAGCCCGUGGGAUUGAGUACUUGCACCGAGGCUGCGACAUUCAAAUUCUACAUUUCGACAUCAAACCGCACAAUAUACUUUUGGAUGAGAAUUUCGUCCCAAAAAUCUCUGAUUUUGGUCUUGCUAAACUCUUCCCGACUGAUAAAAGCAUAGUCACACUAACUGCAGCCCGUGGAACAAUUGGGUAUGUGGCACCCGAGUUGAUUACCAGAAGGAUUGGAGCCAUUUCUCACAAGGCAGAUGUGUAUAGCUUCGGAAUGCUACUAAUGGAAAUGCUAGGCCUGAAGGAAAACCCGGUUACCGAACAAAAUGAGUCAAGUAAAUAUUUCCCAUCUUGGAUUUACAGUGAUAUCAACAAGGGCAAGGCAAUUGAGCUGGGAGAAGGAGAUGAGGAUGAGAAGAGAAUUACAAAGAAGAUGACCAUAGUUGGGCUUUGGUGCAUCCAAACGAGCCCAACUCAAAGGCCCUCUAUGAGUAGGGUGGUCGAAAUGCUUGAAGGCGAUCUUGAGCUGCUCCAAAUGCCACCUGAAAACACUUUCCAUUCAGAACCAAUUAUGGAAAUGGAUCAAUAUUCGAGUUCCAUACCAGAUUCCUCUGAAUACACAUCAUUUUUGACAAAUGAUGCUAGUUCCCAAGCCUUGGAUAUAAUUGUGGAUUAA